AUGAUCAACGCGCUCGAGGUCAUGACCGAGACUACUGUGCUCAAGCCGACCGAGCUGGACUCCGAGUCGGCUUCGCCGUUGUCAACAGGCAUCAACCUGACCAACACCGUGGUGGGCGCGGGCGUCGUCGCCCUGCCCUACGCCUUUGCCUCGAUGGGCAUUCUUCUGGGCUCUGUCAUGGUCCUCAUCAUUGCGCUCCUUGCUGACUACUCUCUGCGCCUGCUGUGCACCCUCCUUGUUCUCCUCCUCGGGUCACUGGUGGCGUAUCUGGUGAUUAUUGCCGACUCGCUGACGCCGAUUGUCCGGGCGCUUGCCGAUGCCCCGGCCGAUCCGUCGGCCGUGUACCUCCAGUCGUGGUUUGUGGUCAUGGCUCACACCGUGGUUGUCAUCCUGCCGCUAGUCCUCAUUCGACGCAUCGACACACUCAAGUACUCGUCGGUCCUCUCACUGGUCUCGGUCGCGCUCCUGGUCAUCUUUGUUAUCACCCGCUCGUUCACGCUCAACGCUGUCGGGCCGGCGCCGGCGCCCACGCCGCCGCCGCCGGUGGCGUAUGCUACCCGCUCGCGCAUCACCGACACCAGCGGCCAGGCAAAGCUCGGGCGGUUCGGCUCGCGCAUUUUUGUCGCCCUUCCUAUCGUGUGCUUCACCUUUACUUCGCACCCCAACGUGCUGCUCCUCUACUACCAGCUCCGCGGGCGGACAAGCAAGCGAAUGGGGCGGAUCAUCCACGGUUCGGUCGGCGCGUCGGCCGGCCUCUACCUCGCCAUCGGCAUCUUUGGCUAUUUCACGUUCCUCGGUGAGACAAAGGGCAACGUGCUGACCAACUACGCCGACGCCGGCGAUGCGUUUGCCAACAUUGUGCGCGGCGCGCUCGUGGUUGCCAUCACCUGUUCGUACCCGCUGCUCUCGUACCCGUGCAUCUCGACUCUCGACGUCCUCCUCGUCCCGUCGUUUAUGGGCGUCAAGGCGCCGAGCUCGCGCUGGUACCUCGAGUCGGUCGUCCUCGUUGCCGCUACUCUCGCGCUCGCCAUCGCUGUUCCGUCGAUCACGGUGGUCUUUUCGCUCACCGGUGCCACUGCUGCCGUCGCCAUCUGCUUUGUCCUCCCAGGCCUCUUCUUUGUCAAGCUCACCGAGCGAUCUCUCGUCCGCCGCGACAUGUUGGCCAUCAUCACUCUCGUGGGCACUGGCAUGUUUUUGGCAUCGUCACGACUGUUGUCAUCAUCCAAGACAUACACCAAGUCGAUGCAAGCGACGCCCAUUCUCACACGACCGUCUCUCGCCAGCUUGCCCCUUGAGCUCCUCCACCUCAUUGCAUUUGAGUUUGCAAUCCUUGCGCCUGCCGAUGUUGUGGCCUGGGCUUGCGCCUCGAAGCGGUUCCAUGCGGCGCUGCUGAGCCGCGGCUACCCGCGGGUGAGGAGCCAGGCUCUUCUCGGACCGCUCGCGUGCAUCCAGCGCGGGCUUUUUGACGCUGCACGAUGGGCCAUCGCCCACGGCGCAACGACGAGCAGCAGCAAGAGCAAGGACACGGAUGAUGGAUUCGAGCUGCUCUCUGCGCUCUGUGCUGAAGACAUGGUGCUCACGGGCGCCGUCGACUCGGACGGCUGGAUCGGGGUUCUCGAUGAGAUCAUCACUCGCAUGCCGAGCGUGGCUCUCUGUAAGCCGGAAGUGACGUGGAUUGGGACAGUCAAUUCACCGCUGGUGCUCCGCUUGGCGACUAUCGGCGCGGCCCGCGGCCUGCGGCAUGUCUUUGGCCGGACCGAUAUCGAGGUCGACGCCUCAGUCGGCAACAACGUAGCGCUUGUUACGGCAGCAAGCCGCGGGCACGCAGCUGCCGUUGCCGUCCUUCUCGACAGAUUUGAGGUCUCGCACAGCGCUCGCAACAACGGGGCGUUUCUGCAGGCCUGUCGCAAGGGACACUACGAUGUUGUGGAGCUUCUCCUUGCCCGCGACGAUAUCGAUCACACCAACGACAACUUUGAGGGCUUCCAGCGGGCGGCGCAGUUUGGGCAUCUCGACGUUGUCCGGCUCCUGCUUGACCUGCCGGACAAGCCGCCGGCCAAGGCGAGUAACUUUGCCUUUGCCGCCGCCGCCGGCCUUGGCCAUCUCGCCAUGCUCCGCCUGCUCCACGCCUCACCUGGCGUGGUCGUCGAUCCCGGCCAUCGCGACUCGAUAGCGCUCCGCUGGGCGGUAAGCAACGGCCACCGCGAGACUGUCGAGUGGCUCCUCGACAUUGGUGGCUUUCAAGUCUCGGCACGCGACUACAGCGCCGUUCUCAGCGCGGCGUCGCGGUAUCCCGAUCUCGUCCCCAUUCUCCUUGCCCACGAACCUGCGCCGCUCCCGGAUGGCGUCCGCGAGCGUGCCAUCGAGCUUGCCAACGAGGCCGAACACGCGGGUGCGGUGGCCGCACUGGCUGCAGCGCCGUGACGAUGUGUCUCUGGCCACGAUGUAAACGACUUGAUUGCACCGG